UUCCAAGAUGGCCACCCACGUCAAGUAAACAUGCGACUAAAGUUGGCCGUGCUCGUUGCAGAUAUUGCAUCUAUUUCACAUUGUAUGCGCGCUAAUAAUUAAUAUUGUAUUGUAUAUUUAGUGGUUUACUUUUGAUAUUUUAUUACCGAUCGGGAAGUCAUACCAUUGCUAUUUUUUUAACCUUGCAUUAUCGUGCUAACGUCAACGAGGCAGAAGAACGCAAGCAUGGCAACUCGUACGCUGUUUAUCAAGGGGUUGCCGGCGUCAGCUUCGAAUGAACGCCUGGAGGGAAUAUUCUCCGAGAUAGGUCCUGUCAAGCAGUGCUUCGUGGUCAAAGAGAAAGGUGCAGAAACAUGUCGAGGAUUUGGCUAUGUGACGUAUGCCAUGGAGAACGAUGCACAGCAAGCGUUGAAAGACAUAAAAGAUUACGAUGGAAAGAAGCUUUUUGUUUCGGUGGCCAAGAAGAAAUUGAAGGACAAACGGGACGAAAAGAAAAAAGUUACAAAUAAGCCGGAUAAGCCAGCAGUGCCAGCAGUGCCAGCAGCGCCAGCAGUGCCAGCAGCGCCAGCAGUGCCAGCAGCGCCAGCAGUGCCAGCAGCGCCAGCAGUGCCAGCAGCGCCAGCAGUGCCAGCAGUGCCAGCAGUGCCACAGCCACCAAAGGCAACUGAGGAAAACUUUAAAAACAUCAGGAAAACAAUCCUGAAAGCUCGACUCAUUAUUAGGAAUCUCAGUUUUAAGUGCUCCGAGAAAGAUCUCAAGCAGGUUUUCGGCGAAUUUGGAGAAGUGCUUGAAGCCAAAAUACCUCUCAAGCCUGAUGGUAAGAUGCGGGGCUUUGCAUUCGUCCAGUUCAAAAAUGUGUCCAUGGCAUCCAAAGCGCUUCAAGCUAUGAACCUGAAGGAAAUUAAAGGCCGCCAAGUGGCUGUCGAUUGGGCUGUGCCAAAAGACAAGUAUGUUGCUAUGCAGGGGACAUCCACUAAAGAGACUACAACGAACAAAGAGGCUGGCGCUGAAGACAAGGAAGAGGAAAAGCAACAACCAGUUAACAAGAACGUCAAUACAAAAACAUCUAUAUCACAGAGCAAGGAGUUAAUGUCAAAUGACAAUGAUGACGACGAUGAUGAUGAUGACGAUGGUGAUGAUGAUGACAACGAUGGUGAAGAUGAUGAUGAAGAUGAUGAAGAAGAUGAAGAAGAAGAAGAUAGUGAGGUGGAGGAUGAAAUAGAUGACGAGUCCCAGGAGGACGAUUCGGAUGAGGAUGAAGAUGAGGAUGAUUCGGAUGAGGAUGAAGAUGAGAAUGAUGAGGAUGAGCGCAAUGGCCACCAAUCAGCUCAAAAGAAGUCUAAGAUGACACUUCCCUCAGAUGUGGGGCAAGGCAGAACCAUUUUCAUCAGAAACUUGUCAUUUGAUACUGAAGAAGAAAACCUGGAGGAACUUCUGCUCCAGUAUGGGGAAAUCAACUACAUCAAGAUUGUUUGCCAUUCAGACACGGGCCAUUCGAAAGGUUGUGCCUUCGCUCAGUUCAAAGCCAAAGAGGCGGCAGACAGAUGCAUCGACGCAGCGCAAGAUACAGCAGAAGACGGUGGAAUUCGACUGGACGGGAGGAAGCUGCUGAUCGUGGCCGCUGUGAGCAGAGAUGACGCUGCCAAGCUGAAGGACAAAAAGGUCAAAGUGCAAAAAGGCACCAGGAACUUGUAUCUGGCCAGAGAAGGAUUGAUCCGUGCCGGAAGCAAGGUGGCCGAGGGUGUGUCCGAAGCAGACAUGAUCAAGCGAGCCAGAUUUGAAGAUAUAAAAAGGGCCAAGCUGAGGAACAUGAGCGUGUUUGUCUCCAAGAAUCGAUUGUGCGUCCACAACCUACCAAAAUCUGUAGACAACAAGAAGCUGCGCGCACUCUGCCUGCAGGGGUUUGCCAGCGUCAAAGGCGUCAGGAUACCAGAGUGUCGCGUCAUGUAUGACAGGAAGCCCGAGAAAGGUCAGGUGACUGGCAAGUCUCUGGGCUACGGCUUCGUCCAGUUUCAAGACCACGAGCACGCUCUGUCCACGCUGCGCUACCUCAACAACAACCCCAACAUCUUUGGCGCACUCAAGAGACCUAUUGUGGAGUUCUCCCUGGAAGAUACCCGCAAGCUCAAGCUCAAAGAAAUGCGCCUGCAAAAAAGCAAGGAACAGAAUUUCAGGAAACAGGGUGGAGAAGGCAAAAUGACACCUCAGGCGAACAGAGACUGGAAAGCAACCGUACAAGGGUCUGCAUCAGCUCCUCAUAACAAACCAAAACCCAACCAGCACUGCGGUUUCCUGACCAAGCCCGAAGUGGAGCACGUGGAACUGGAGAACGGAAAGAAGCGGAGGAAAGUGCUGCCCUUCCCGACCCACCGAGGACCCAAGAUCAGAGCGCGUGACAAAGGGAAGCAGAGGGCUCCGCCUCCCAAGAAACCUCAGCAUGGAGUCAGUAGAAAAGGGAGGCAAACGCAGCAAAUGGAGAAGAGCACUCGAAGAGGAAAUCAGACUAAAGGAGGAAUGAGGAAUUCGAGGAACAGGGGCAGUGAUAAUUUUGACAGAAUGGUGGAACAGUACAAGAAGAAAAUUCUCUCCAACAGCGAGAAAGGCUCCAGUAUGAGAAAAAACAAAUGGUUUGAUCACUAACCUCAUGUUAUUAUUCAGAAUCAAUUCCAAGACACCGAUUCACAGGUUUUCUGUCAUAAUUGUAUACCUUUUUUGUAUGGACUCCAUAUGUUAAACUAUUAUGCAAUGCCCUGUCGCAUAAAAAGUGCUUUUAUUGUAAAUGUAGGUUGUCUUUAUAUUAAAAUUGUGGAGUCAAUUGGCUCUGUGUUCAUCAUG